UUGUUUUAGAAGAACCCACCCGCUUGGUUAAUUCACCCUCAAUCAGUGAAAAACUAAAAAUAUAAUGUAUGGCUUGUUUCAAAUUACAAAUAAGCUUUUCGUGGAUUUUUCAAUUUUAAAACUACGUGAUUUAUUUUUUUAAUUUCUUCAUAAACCUUUUCUAAACCAGUGCCACGGAAUCAAACUUGUGUUAGACGGACGUCUAAAACCUAUCUAAUUUCCUGUCAGCUCCAAGAUACUGCUUCAUUAAAUUUUCAUGAAAGAAAUUACUUUACAAUUCCAGCUAAAACAUUACUUCCCCUGCCGAUUCACUUGGACUAUAGCGUUCCGUUCGUAUUCGUUCGGAAUACCUCGUGGGUGAUAAGGGGCACGAGGGAUCAGUUAUUGCCCGUUGGCAUCAAACAAAACCAGAUGUGUUGGUAUUAGCCAUUUAGACAAUCCAAAAAUCGGCAGCCUUAACAUGAGAUAUGUGUGUUGACGGUCGAUACGCUGUGUUAUUGUUGUCCCUCCUUCUUCUAGUACAAGAAUGCCUUUCUGAAUGUACAUUCCCGGAAUUUCUAAGGAGUAAGAGGGACGAAGAGUCUGGGCAAUUAAAACCCUGGAAGACAAGAACACACUGGUUCCAGAUCAGCACCAACCCCAAAAUACAACAAACGAGCGAAAUAUACGUCACAGGGUCCGACAUGUGGCAGAUUCGACAGGAGUUCCACAGGACGUGUGAAAAAAAGUCUAGACGGAUGUCCAACACGAUCUCCCAGUCAGAGAUAUGUGGCCAAAAAAUGUUGAUGUACAAUCGCACUUGUCUUACCGUGGACAACGCAGGCCUGAACACCUACCGACUCUUGGAGCAUCAUAUGACUGGGACAAAGUAUGUCUGUAUGUCGUUCCACAGAAGAAGUAAGGGCGUGGUCACGGUGAGGAAAGGACCAGUCAGGAAAAGAAAUGUUCCCGAACUGUGCGAUGACAGCAGAAUGAUAUAUGAUGAAUGGCCUUGGAUUGCCACUUGGAAGCCGUCGUCCUAUACAUGUCCCAUUUCUGGUGGAUUCUCCCUACGGGUCAUCAGCGGUCUCACAAUGAAGGAUACUUGCGAUGGCGAAUGGCGAAACUCUUCUAUCGAGGUCGACUGUAGUAAAAGUGGCGGUAUGACUUUUAUACCUCCCUCCAAGAGUACGUGCAAUCCCUUCUCUAACACGAGUCGAAUAAUAUCUCUACAUUGUUGGGCUGGAUGGCAGCAGGGCGCCUUUAAAUACGUCAUAGUCUCCUCCCAAACAGAAUUCAGACACCACAACGAACCGCAAUUUUGCAUUCGCUUCCCCAUAGUUCUACGGGAGACGUUUGAGGCGUUUUUGUAUGUUAGUGUUAUAUGCCCUAUGGACCUGGAUGGGCUGGCACCACCGGGAUUAAACUACUUUAAAUUAAACAUGAGAAAAAUAAAUAAUGCAGUUUGUCAAGAUGACGAUGAAGUAGAAUGCGGAAAGUUGAAAGAUUCUGGAAUGUGUGACCGUCCUCAUUCCGAAUUUUAUCGGCACUGCCUGAAGACCUGUGGAGAAUGUGAUGACGGGCUGUCACCACGAAAGACGUGUUCCUUCAGCUCUAAAUUGUAUGGGAAAUGGAAGCUGAUCGACCGGAAUCGCUUUGAGACGGUUGUCAUCAACUCCUCCCACGUGGACUUCUCCGAAAUGGGGGCGUUCCAGUGUUACCAGGGGACACCAGAUAUCCACCAGUACACAGUAACCACAGCCUACAAGAAUGGAUGCUCUAAAAGAUAUUCAUGCAUCGAACUAGAGAGACUGGGAAACAAUGUUAUUCGAUACAGAAUAAGUCCCAGUGUUCGAGAAAACCAGCCUUAUGAAACGCUUUGCCAAUUCAAGGACGACGAAUACCCACUGCUGGACACCUACCGUAGCAGCGCCAGGAAAACUCUUAUAUAUGAUGGCGGUUUACUGUUCGAAACUUACUGUGGUUUUGAUGGACGAUUCAUGUUUAAUGGAACCUAUGGAGGACAGCAGUGUAUAGGGAUGGUCUCAGACAUAGACCCAGAUACUUGUAAUACAGUGGCCACGUUAACGGUUCACGGCAAAAACUGUCGCGGGAUCCACGGAGCUAAGAAGUACCAGUGCCUGCAAUACAUUUACAACACCAGUUCUCUUUUUGAGAAUUACCUGAUUACAAAAUCAAAAGAUGGAGAGGAGGAAUAUAAUUGUUGGGUCAAAUAUAGGACCUACAAGUACGAGUACGAUUUUCCCCAGCAAGUGAUUUACAAGAUGCCCACCCCACAGUGUGGAAUGUUCGCAAAUGUCCUGACACAUCACGACAGACGUGCAGAUGCUGAACUCUACCUAAAAGUCAAAGAACCAUGUGUCACUCGCUCCAAAUCAGCAAGUCAAACCUCACACGGUUCUACUCUGUCUACUAUACCCCAACCUAGUGUCAACGAUGCUAUUCUUCCGGUCCCGCAAUCUGUGGACAAUCAUCACAACAAAGCAUCUCGGGAUUCGCCUACCGUACACUUCUUUGUGGUAGCGAUAUUCAUUCUUGGACAUUUAGUGGAUGCAUCGCUUCCUAUUUUCAGGUGACAAAACGCCAUGUUCUUCACAGAAGAAAAAAAAUGCUGAUGACACUUGAAAAGGUGAAGAUGUAGCGCCCCAGCUCCACUGACCCAGAAUGUGUUCUUGUGUUAGUAAAUAUUAAGUAUCAUAAGACGCAUAUUACGUUAGACACGUGACAAAUCUACAAUUCUUACUCCUGACAAUGGUAAUGUUGGCAUCAACACCUUGCAGCUGUUAUGAUGAAGUGCACAUGUGUUUUUAAUUGUUGUUUUUAUAUAAAGCAACAAUUAUGAAUUUUAAAAAAAAUCAAAAUAAGGCAAUUAACGGGAAAUUCUAUGGCUUUUUAUCUUGUUUUGAAAUUUUAAUUUAGCUUUCCUUUGGGGCUUGCUUUUAGAACACACUUUGAUGACCCGGAUGCUACAAAUUGUCAGAUCCGGUUUUAUUGCAACCUGUGCCCAGUGACAUUUGGUAUUCUGAUAUCACUAAUAUAUGUUUGCUCUUUGAUAACAUUGUUAAACUGAAGGGACGGACUUUCCAGAAAGAGAAAUUAACCAGCCAAAUCAGGUCACAUGUCAUUUAACUCUGCUGAAUGUUACCGGAACGGAAGCCCACUCCACCGGAAGUGCAUACUUCUCUGUCAGUGAUCUCGCAUCGCCAGAAAUAUACAGCUUACCACAUCAUCACCGUCAUUGUGUAAUUGAUAAUAACGAUUUUGUAUUGAUAUAUUUGUAUCUACAGUGAUAAAUUUGUGUUUGUGUAAAUUGUCAUAUUUUCAUUUAAAAACCAUAUUACAUAUAAAUACAUCAAACUUAAA